AUGCAAAUGCCCAAGUGCAAGACAACAAUACUGACGAGGGCUGUUAUUCUUAUUGCCGCGCUCGCCCUACUCAAUGGAGCACUAUGGAUAGUCACUGCGCUGUGCUUCUCGGAUCGAUUACUCUCUCUGGCGCUGCUAGCGUGGACGCUCGGACUGCGCCAUGGUCUGGAUAGCGAUCACAUCGCAUCAAUCGAUAAUUCUGUUAGAAAACUCACUGCUAGAAAUGGCAUUUAUCCAGUGACAGUUGGAUUUUUUUUCGCUGCCGGUCAUUCAACGGUAGUGCUUAUUGUCACGAUUGCUUUGGUAGCUGGUGCGCAGGUUUAUGACAACUUAAACACGCUUGAGCAACUCGGUGGUGUUGUUGGAAGUGUCAUAUCGACCGCGUUCCUAAUGCUGUUGGGUGUCACCAACAGCUUCACUCUGUGGCAAGCUAUACAGUCGCGCAAAGAGAUGCAGUUCACUGACACCACCCAUGAAGAUGGAAAUUUACAACCUAAAUCUCCGUCUUUCUUGUCUAGAUUGUUUUCGCCUCUUUUAAACUGGGUGGAUAGGCCAAGCAAGCUAUAUGUUAUUGGCUGUCUCUUCAGUCUCGGGUUCGACACUACCUCCUCUAUGGUCUUACUAUCUGUGUCAGCGUUAGCUGCCGAAGAAGUGCAGAAACCCUACAGUAUUCUUUUGUUCCCACUUUUGUUCGCCAGUGGAAUGAUACUCGUUGAUUCACUCGACAACGUCAUGAUGUUGUACCUGUAUACCCCACGUACCGAUUGGAGGAGAGAGUCGCACUUCAAGUUGGAAUUUGGUGAGGGCAAGAAUAGUGCUACGGAUAGAGAUGAGACAGCAUCUUUGAUUGAUAGUGGUAGUGAGGGCAGUCGUGAAACUCAAAUACAAAACACCGAAUAUAGUGGAUUAAAUUGCCACGACAGGCAGCAGAAGAUGUUGGAUUUGAAUAAAUCUACUAUAUUAAUCACGGCGUUGUCGGUAUGCGUCGCACUAGGGUGA